CAAAACAGAGUGAAAGAAAACAUUCAAACGAACGCGCGCUUCGCUGCAGCGAAUUUUUACCAGUAUUUUCAUGUUUUCGCAUUUAAAAGUCGCGAUUCUUUGAAAUUUGUUCAGAAAUUAUUCUGAUCAUUCUGAAAAUAUUGUUUCAAAAUUUGACUUGUAACAUGGAGGAUUAUUUGAAACAGUACUACGACGAAGAAAUCACAAAUCUGCUGAACAAUCCCGACGACUUGGUCAACGUUUCGAUUAAUAUCAAUUUAUCUCACCUUCAGCGGAAGCAGCCUAGUUUGUACAACGCGCUGAUUCGAAAUUAUCGUUCGGAAUGGAUCAAGUGGAACACCUGUCUGUUGAACGCUCAGAAGUCCUUGGUGGAGGGAAACAUGUUUCUCGAGCCGGGGUUCCAAAUCAAGCAGAACUGUCACGUGCGGUUCGUGAAUAUGCCACAAACGGUGGCGGAAGCCGUUCGGAAGGUGGCUUUUCCAAACAACGAUAACGUCGGCCAGUUCGUACAGGUCAAGGGCAGCGUGAUACGAAUGACCCAGGCGCGGUUCCUGGAAUUUAAGCGAGAGUACACCUGCAGCCGGUGCAAGAACGAUUUCGUACUCGAGGCUCAGUACGAAAAGAGUUACGUAUUCGAUCCACCUCGUGCUUGCCCGAUGGCCGGUGAAACCGGUUGCAAGGGAGCGCCCCAUCAAAAGAGUGCCCAACCCCAGCCGGAUUACUGCCGAGACUAUCAGGAAAUUCGCAUUCAGGAGAUAAUGAGCGAACGGAACGUUCCGGCCUCGUUGUUGGUGACGCUGGAAAACGACCUGGUGGACAACUGCCAGCCGGGUGAUUGCGUGACCGUUGUAGGGAUUAUAGAGCGCCGCUGGAGUCCGCUAGUUCAGGGCAAGCGGACGGAGGUGACCAUAGCGAUGAAUGCCAACAGUGUUUCCAAGGACGAGAACAAGAUGAACCUAGGGAAGGAUCUGCCGGAGCAUUUGGUGUUCGUUCGAGGUGAAUGGCAGAACACGAUCAAGGAGAUUGGGGAGCUGGCGGCGAGGGACAUGCUGGUACAAUCGUUCUGUCCCGAGAUCCAUGGGAUGUAUCCGGUGAAGCUGGCGGUUGCCCUCUCGCUGGCCAGUUGUACGGAGAGAUUCCUAGGUAGUGGUGCCAGCGUGCGAGGUCACUCCCAUCUGCUUCUGGUGGGAGAUCCAGGACUGGCCAAGUCCAGACUGUUGAAAUUUGCUUCGGAAGUUUCAGUGCGAUCAGUUUUCACCACCGGCAUGGGAUGUUCGGCUGCUGGUUUGACGGCGGCGGCCGUGAAAGAGGACGGCGAAUGGCAGUUGGAAGCGGGCGCUUUGGUUCUGGCCGAUGGAGGAGUCUGUUGCAUAGAUGAGUUCAACUUGAUGCGCGAAUCGGACAAGGCAUCGAUUCACGAAGCGAUGGAACAGCAAACGAUCAGCAUGGCCAAGGCGGGUCUGGUGUGUAAGCUGAGUACGAGGUGCGUUGUGCUGGCGGCAACAAAUCCUAAGAAUCUGCUUUCGAUGGUCGAAAUGGAGGCCAACAGUAGUGCAAACCUUGGGAUCGGAGGGCCACUGCUGAGUCGGUUCGAUUUGGUGCUGAUUUUGACCGACGAUCGGAAUGAGCACUGGGAUGAGCGAGUGGCCAAUCACAUUCUGGCACUCUCGGUCGUGGACGAUACUAGGGAAAAGUUUGAGGAAACCACUCCGAAUGGCCACUGGGAUUUGGAACGGUUGCAGACGCACUUUCUGGCGAUCAAAGAUAUCCAUCCUAGGAUUACGGACGACGCGAAUACUAUUUUGGGUGCCUACUACAAGCUGUGCCGCUCGGACCCAUCGCGUGACCCAUCGCGGACUACCGUGCGACUGUUGGACAGCUUGGUCCGCCUGUCGCAAGCACAUGCGCGUCUAUUGUUCCGAGACGAAGUCAGCGCCGUUGAUGCAAUCACCAUCAUCCAGCUGAUGGAGUCAAGCUGGGGCUUCGGAAAGAUCCUACCGCCGGCCGAUCUGAUCCGUAAGAAACUUCCCAUAGGACCGACGGCUCAGGAAAUUGCUGAACUGCUCGAACGGCUACUUCUUUCGGAUGUUGUGAAAGAUGUACCGCUGGAGCAAACUAACAAGGGUCGUGUAGAACAGUACCAGAAGGACUUGGCCAGAAAGAGAAAAGAGAAUGCUACGCCUGCAAAUAAGUGGGAUUCAUUGUCGACUCAAAGGAUCGUCAAGUUUGAUGAAAAAGUACUGAGUGAAUUGGACAAUAAUGGGAAAGAUAUCAGCAAGGAACAGUCGGUGGACAAGGUGCCGGAGCCGGAAGAAAUGAGUCGAAAACCUGUUGUAGAAGGGGAGCUUUACUCGAAGUAUUCUUUCACGCAGAUGCGUAAGAACAACGUAAAGAAAAUACGUAAGGAAUCGAUGGAGAAGUCGGUAGACCCUAAACAGCCUGAGUCUACAAAGAAAUCAAAGACGAAAAAACCUGCCCCCGAACCGGAUCCGAAGCUUAAAGAAAAUCUAAACAACGAUCAAUUGGAUAAAAUUUUCAGCAGUUUACGUCAGAACUUCAUGUCCCAGUUGAGUGGAGCUACCCAACCGGCGAGGCCUGGCGAUGGCUCACGAGAAAUUAUUACUCGGAGCAGCCAGAUUGAUACGAACUUCCCGCCAGCUAGUGGAAGAUCAAGGGCAUCCCGAGAGGAGUCCUUCCGAGCCAUGUUAGACGUGAGUAGCCUGCUGGAUGAUGAUGAUGAUGACGAUCAACCUGAAGAGCGCCAACCAGUCAGUGCCAAGACCACUAUCUCAAGCAUGAGCGUGUUUGAGAACUCAGAUGUUCUCAGAACACCAGCGUCAAUGACCGGAAACUCGGUUCAGUUUAGGACGAAUCAUGCACUUCUUGCGAAACCGCUUGUCAAUGAUCCGAAACCGAGUGCCGAAGACGAAUCUCGAUUCCGCCUCAAAAGGCCUCGGAAUCAAAUAGCGGAAACUUCUCAAAGUGAAUUCACUGCCUCCCCUAUGGUAUCUCGCUAUCAGCUGAAGCGACCAGCUCAAACUCCAUCCACAUCCACGACUCCUGAUCUCGAAUCACGAUACCGAUUGAAACGGCCUGCGCCGAACAAACCCACCACGAAUCCCAUGCUGGUAAGCCAAACGUCGGAGCUUAGUUUCGACAUGUCCUUCGACACGGAAGCUCUCGCUAUGGAGGAGAAUCCACAGCCGCAGCCCACCACCAGCAGCAAGCAAAAACCUUCGCUAUCCGAGCAAACCCUGAGCAAAAUCCGGGCCUUCGAGUUCAAUCGGGUUGAAAGUUCGGAUGACACCAAGGAUGGCCAGAAGCAACGUGAUGAUAGCGCAUACGAGUCGCAGCCAGCAUCGACAUCGACAUCCGCGUCCACUUCCGCCGGUACGGUGGGUAAGUAUUGGAAACGAGAUCUUAAGCUACCGGAGUUGCAUCACGUGGCCACCCUGGGAGGGUCGGGUGACGUGGAUGCCGAACUUGCUUUGCUGGAGUCGGUGGAUUUCUGAGGAGAGGGGAAAGAUUUAGGUGGUUAUACACCGCUCUUCAUGUCUGUGAUCGCCUUACUGUUAAUUCAUUUGGAAUAAAAAGGAUGGAAAUUACACUGUGGUAUGAUCAAUCAUCUGACAGCCUUAUUUUUACGACAUAAUCUAACUUCGUUGGUGUUCUAGGGUCUGUGUCAUUUGGAACAAGGUCGUUUGGCAUAAGGUCACUUGGCGUAACGGUCAUUUG